AUGGCCCCAAAUUCAUUUAUCACGCAAAGUAGAAUCUCUGAAAGAUCCGAUGCAGAUUCCAAUGCAUUAAAAUCCUUUUCACAAACUUGGAUAGAGUGGACAGCAAUAGUUUCUGAACGACAUGGGUCAGUAAUUAAAUCAUUUUCACAAAGCUGGUCAGAGUGGACAUUGGAAGUUUCUAAAUUAAAACCCCAACUUCCGGAACCUCCGACUGAUGCCUUGAAAUUACAACAGUAUAUUAUCAAUAAUCAUGGAUGGUGGCCAAUUUUUGGUGGAGAACCAAAACUCAAAAGGAAACAUGGUGCAUCCACCUCAUUACACGUCUCACCAAAAAAAACUCCAAAUCGUUUAAUACAUUAUGAGCUUCCAAAGCGUCGGAAAAUCCAUAAUAAUUCUCAUUUUUCGUCGCAAUUUUCAUGUAAAAAUUAUCUCGCCGUUGAAUGGAUUCCCGAAGAAGAUUUCUUUCUAACAGCAAAUCCACCAAGGACAACAACUUCCGCAUUGCCUCAGGAAAAUUUUGCAGCAGUUACUAGUAGGGUCUUAUUAGUACGCAGGUUGAAAGCAAAGCAGGGUAAUGCUUUCAAGGGUGAUGCCGCCACGAGAUUUCGAAAAAGCGUUCUUACUAAAGAACAUAAUGCUACAAAAAAUUGGGCUAUAAGAUCCAUUGUUGAAACAUCAAGUGUUAAUCAUUCGAUUGAUGCUGAUGUGAUUGUAAAACGACCAUGGAAAGAUGGGACAACACAUCCCAUUGAAGGUACGCUUGAUGAGCUCAAGCGCUUGCGAAUUCAGCGUGCUGGGGAUUUAGGUCUUUUAGCCCGUUCAAUAUUCGAAAAAACGCGAGCGGAUCGAGAACUAUUAGAAAAAGCCCGUGAAUAUUAUCGCAUUCACAAAGGUAAGUGUCGACCCAUGUUUGCGCGAAGGGUCGUUCCACCAUCACCGCGACCCAUUGCUCCUAAAAUUGGAGUGUUUGGAGCUAACCCUUCCAAUUUAAAUACAAAUCAAGGGUUAAUUUCGGAAUUAGAUAAAGCCAUUAUAAUUCCGAAUGAAGAUCAUGGUGGUGUUGAUAUUAAUAAAUGA